ACCCACCCCAGGUGCACGACAGGACGUGAGACCAGAGGAAACCUCACCUCGAGCCAUCCAUGGCCGCCUCCGGUGCCUCGGACGACGAGGUCGUCUUCGAGGUCGCGCACCGCAUCCGCAUUUUCAGGAGCGGGCGCGUCGAGCGCUACUGCGGCUCCGACCCCUUCCCGGCCUCCACCGACGCCAGCACCAGCGUCGCGUCCAAAGACCACGCCAUCUCCCCCGACGUCGCCGUCCGCCUCUACCUCCCGCCGGCAGCCAGGGAUGGUGGAAGCAGGCUCCCCGUCCUGGUCUACUUCCACGGCGGCGGUUUCUGCCUCCUCAGCGCCUUCAACGCCAUCAUCCACGGGUACCUCAACUCCCUCGCGGCGCGCGCCCGGGCCGUCGUCGUCUCCGUGGAGUACCGCCUCGCGCCCGAGCACCCCCUCCCCGCCGCGUACGAGGACUCGUGGCGGGCGCUCGGCUGGGUCGCCUCCCACGGCUCCGGCGCCGGCGAGGAGGCCUGGCUCGCCGACCACGCGGACUUCUCCCGGCUGUCCCUCGCCGGCGAGAGCGCGGGCGCCAACAUCGCGCACCACAUGGCCAUGCGCGCCGGGGCCGAGGGGCUCCCCGGGGGCACCCGGAUCAACGGCGUCGUCCUGGUCCACCCCUACUUCCUGAGCGACGCCAAGGUGCCCUCCGAGGAGAGCAACCCCGCCAUGGCCGACAACUUGGUGAGGAUGUGGCGCGUCGUGUCCCCGGGGACCAGCGGCCUCGACGACCCCUGGAUCAACCCGCUCGUGGGCGGCGCGCCGGCGCUGGGCGCGCUGGCGUGCGGGCGCGUGCUCGUGUGCCUCGCGGAGGAGGACGUGCUCCGUGACCGCGGCAGCGCGUACUGCGAGGGGCUCCGGGCGAGCGGGUGGGCGGGGGAGCUGGAGGUCGUCGAGGCGGCCGGGCAGGGCCACUGCUUCCAUCUGUCCGACUUCACGUCCGGCGACGCCGUCAGGCAGGACGAGGCCAUUGCCAUGUUCCUGAAUCUGUAGAGACCCGUGCGGCCGUGUCAUCGUUCGUGGGCCUUCCUGGGGCGCAUUACGCGAUCUGCUUGAAUACAUGUCGUGUAUCCUAUAUGACUUGCGUUUGGAUUUGUUUGGCUGAAAUGUUACGAGAUCAUGUUGUCAUU